UUUCCUCUAUACGUUUUAGUAUUUAUUUGAAGAAUUGGUUUGAUAAUUUAUGGAUGCAGAAGGUAAGCUUAUCGAUUUUUUUUUGGUUGCUUACCGAUCACGUUACAGCUGAAACAAAAAAUAAUAAUAAUUCUUGUUUGAUGGUUAGGUGGCAGAAACGUUCGUGUCUAUCUUGCCGGGCGUUGUGAUGAACUACCGUUAGAUGGCAGGAAAGAAGCAUUUAAAACCCAUUCUUGACAACAUUGGCAAGGAAAGCGUGAAAAAGGGUAACAUUUAAGACUUAGAGACUGCAAUUAUUAUUAUAUUUUUUAAUUGAACUGUAUCUCUUAAUAAUUUGUUUUUUUAAUAAACGCCUCACUACAUUUUGAGUUAAAGCUAGACAAGCGUGUGUUUAUUUUUGUGGACCCGUGGUCGAGGCUAACAGCUGGCAGAUGUUUAUCGGUUGCUUCCCGCCCGGCAGCCGGUUCACUCUACGCAAAUGUUCUUCCGCCGUGAAAACGUAGUUCGGUGUACGAUGUAAGAACGUGAUGUUUAAAAGUUACUACCUAUAAGUAUUGUUGCUUGCUAAACACUGUUAUCGUUUUAUUUUUAAUUUUUUUUUAGCAGUGCAAGUUCUUAAAACAAUUUAUGACUAGCUAAUACCGGUGUUAUAUAUAGUGCGCAAUGAUAUUACGCUCGUUGUGAAAUACUUCAGCUGUUUCCCGCCAAAGAUCGCCAUUACAAAACGUUGUGAGCUGUUGUGUGCGUGGUUUGCUUUUCGAAUUUGUGUUGAUAGAAGUGUGUCUUAAUAUUUAUUUUCGAGAGGACAAUAAAUAAUUAUUUUUACGUGUGGUUGGUUGAGAUAUGUCAGUUUUUCAUCGGGGAGAGCAACACCGUCGCCUGGAAGGACUGAGACGCCAACAGGAGGAAGUCGGCGGUUUGAGCAGGCCGAGUGAGCGGGCCGCCUCCCCCAGCAACCACAUGGAGCAGGAGAAGCGCAUACGGCGCGAGAUCGCCAACUCCAACGAGAGGCGGCGCAUGCAGAGCAUCAACGCCGGCUUCCAGUCGCUGCGCACCCUGCUGCCCCAUCACGAGGGCGAGAAGCUGAGCAAGGCGGCCAUCUUGCAGCAGACGGCCGAGUACAUCUACCAGCUGGAGCAGGAGAAGACGAGCCUGCUGUCACAGAACUGCCACUUGAAGAGGCUCCUGAACCAGCAGGAGGGGCAGCACGAAGCGUCGGCCGCCUCCAAGAAGAGGAAGAUCGACCCCUCCAGCGUGGUGGUGCCGGUGACCAGCGUCCCCUGCGAGUCCUCGGACGAGGGCAUCGGCAGCAUGUCGCCGGAGCCGGUGACUGCGGCCGCACUAGCGGCGGACCACGGCCACGAGAUGAUCGAGCUGCGCAUGCAGCUGGACCGCGAGCGCAGGCGACGCAUGCACGCAGAAGAGCAGCUGCGCUCCCUCGAGUCGCAGUUCUACCCGGAGCGGCUGCGCGAGCUCACGCAGCAGUUGCAGAUCAAGUACCAGCAGGGGGUGGAGCACCUGGGACAGCCGUCGCCAGCGACACCAGGCCUGGUGCUGCAGGAGACACCCCAGCUGCAGGUGGUGUCGGCAGCAGCUCUGCCACCCGUGGCACAGACAACCACCGUCCCCUCGUGCUCCCGCUCCCCGUCUCCCGGUCCCGACCCCUCGCCCGCCUCUCUGCCCCCGCCGCCGCGCUCCCCCUCCCCGCCGCCCCAGCAGCCCCAGCGCCUGCCGCCCGCCCUCGAGGCCGCCAUCAAGGCCGAGCCCAAGGUGGAGGUGGAGAGGCUGCCGUCCCCUGCGCCCUCUCCGGACAACGUGUCUCCUCAGGGCAGGUUGUAUUUGCCAAGCACGUCUCGCCAGAACUUGGAGACGAUAGUGGAGGCCAUCAGGCACCUUGAGGGCGACCAUCUGUUUUCCGACGACCCCUCUCCGACCCAGGAGGUGCCGCUGGCGCUCACCACCACACACCGUGCCAACACCGCCGUCAAGGUGGAGAUGGAGCCCUUCCUUCAGUUCCAUUCACAGCCGAUCACGCCUGCCGCGGUGGCAGCCCUGCAGCAGCAGCGGCCCGGAGUCAUAGUCGUGAAGCAGCACACGUGAUGAGUCCGGCUCUCGGGACAGGGACCCCACUCCGACACGCUUGCCUCCCCGCCCGCCCGUGCUGAGUUGAUGCUCUAUGCCGCACUCUUAGUUUCAUGACUAUCGUCGAGGUACCUACUGUGUGUGGUAACUUUUGUUAACUUUUGCGUUUCGUGUGCUGCAAUUUUGGUUGUUCGACAAGACGACCACCGGCCCUGUUAGAAUGUUGGUUAACUGGUAAUUUGGGUGAUUCUAUAACGGAACAAUUUUUUGGCAUUUUUAAUUGGAGUUCUGUUUUGAGCAGUGCAUUGGAGUGUUCUCCUAUUUUCCUAAUAUUGGCUGUGGGAGUCAGUAUCGUGUUCUUCAGCACGUGUUGUGUGUGCAUGGUGGUAGCAGCGCGGUCCCUAAACCAAUCUCAUGUAUACCAGCUUCGCUUUUUACUGCAGUGCGGCAAGGACGACAGAACUGAAUUGAACGAAACGGCAUGCGUUCGGUUAGUGUUCAUCAAGAACCGAGGAAUUUUAUACAUUUAUUUUUUAUGGAUUAAAAGCAAUGUGUCCGACAUGUGUUUUUGUUAGACAGAUAAUCUUGCUCGAAUUGUUUGUCCAUUUUUUUAUUUGUACAUAAAUAUUCAUUAUAACUGCGAAUGAAUGUAAUAUAUGGUAGAUGCCAGUAUGUUGUUAUUUUGUUAUAAGACUUGCUGACUAAGCAUUGAUUUUCUGUAUAAUUAUUUGUUAGUAAUGUGUUCUGUUCAUAACCCUUCAUUGUGUGACUUCCUUUCACAUAAAAUUCAUUUUCAUGUUCAUUUUGAAUUAUUUAUGUGUGUGGAGGAAAGCAUUUCAAUAAGAAUGUGUGAAUGAUUGUGUGUGUGCGUGAGUGCUUCUUCGUCUAUGCAUGAACUGUAUACGUAUGAUUACUUUGUUUGUGUUUUGGAGUUUAUUUGACAAAGACAUUUUCUUCAUUAGUUUGUGAAUGUGACGAGAUGGUAAACAAUUAAGCUUUUGUAUAAAUGUGUAUAGAGUGAGUGAUAAACCUUGAGCAUGUAAGUGAUCAUGUAUUGUUUUGUAAUGUAAUGUUGCAGCUACAGUGUGAGGGGCAGUACUGAUUGCUUAUAUAUUAUAACUAUAAACCCCAAGAGUAAAACUGUAUCUGUUACAUUAUGUCUGUAUUGACUGGUUGAGGUGUGCACAUCAUUGCAAUUGGAUCAAUGUUGUGCACUGACUUUUCUGAAUGUUCACAGCAAUCAUCAUGUACAUAUGUUUUUCAUUAUACUUCAAUCUCUUUCUGUGUCGAUUUACCAACAAAUUUCAAAAGCUUCUUGAAAAGUUUUGAAUAAUCACUGUUUUAUAAAUAAAAAAAGUUCAUAUAAAGGGAUUUCUUGUUAACUGGUUGACAAAAUUAAACGCUACAUGGCUUUGUGCCAAUGAAUUCUUUAUUUGAAGGUGUUAAUAUUGGUCCAUCUUAAGUUUUUAUUAAAAUUUUUCUACUUAAAUGAGAAAAUCUCUCUUCAUGUUCAUUUUAGAGAAACAUGAUGGGUGUGUUUGUAUCUAGCCAAUUUUUUUUUUAACUAAAAAGAGCCCAAAAUUUGACUGAUGUAGCAUUAAUAAUUGUGCAUUAAAAUAGUGCUUGAAAAUUGUCAUAGAAUGCUAUUUUAGAGUAGUUUGAGAGAGGUAUCUGUGACUGACGAAAAUGUACGGCAGUGUCCACUGCUGUUGUUUUCGGAAUUGUGCUCAAGCAUUGCUAGUAAAACUACACUUAAAUUAAUGUGGUUUCCCAUACGUUCACUGCUUAUUUCACUUGCAUGUUGUAUUGUUAAAUUCCAUACAUUCGACACACAGAAGAGUCCCCAUUUUUACUUGCUGUGAUGUAUUAUUCCUUAGCUAAACUUAUCACUAAUUAUGAUUGUAAUGUUUGUAAAAGUUUUUGCUCAAUUCUAUUGGUCUAGAAAUAUAUUCUUAGUAAACAUUGUAUUAUUGUAGUUUUAGAGCAGGUUACUAUCGACAUGGCGGGAGUUUCAGCUUGUAGUUCUCUUGGAGCUCUUGUGUUGUGGGUUGCUUAAUCUGCUGGGGUGUUGGUGCAUCAGCAGUGCCUGUAGGAGUGCGGAGGAGGGGGGGGGGGAUUUGGCCGCUUUCGACAGCUGACACACACUUUGCUUGCGACAGUUUCCUGUGCUCUGCUCUGGUUGCUUUUUUACCCUGCACGCGAGAAAGUGCUGGUGGCCUAAAUGCCCUGAUGUGAGCUGGGAGAGAGGUACCUGUCCUUUGGGACACGUCACCGAAAAGCAGUAUAGUAAGUACAGUAUUCUAAUGUUUACAGCACAGGUUGACUGUUUUCCCAAUCACAUUAACAGGUUGUGAAUGUUCGAGUUUAGCCAGAAAACAUUUUCAAAUUUUUUUUUAAUUAUAUAGAUAUCUGCAUUGUGCAUCUAGCACUCGAGAUGUAUUUGAUUUUCUUUAAAAUCAUUUUUUAUUUAGAAGAAAAACUUUUUACAUAUUUUAGAGAUAUAGAACUGAGAAAAAAUUUGAUAUUUCAUGCAUUAUACAACAGGAAUUGCUUAGCUUGUUGUCACUUUGUAAAUAGUCUGUACAAAAGUAUACAUUAUUCAUAGACAUGUUACAUGGCCUUAACUUUACAUUUAAAUAUUUAAAACAUUUAAUCAUGAUUUCUUAAGUCAUUUACUUUAAUACAGUUGAUUAUACAACAAAAUACAUUCUGGUACAUAGAUGUAUUGGUAAUUUCAAUUCUUUGCAUUAAAUAAAAUGUCCUUAAAAAUGAAAGACUUAGACAUUGCUUUUAGUUCACUAAAAAAAAUUCUUAUCAGAAAGAAACAAAAAUUAAUGAUGUAGAUGUAUAUUAAGAUAAUGUAAAGGUAAGGUCAUAGAUUCAAGCUCUGUCAUAGGGAUAAUUUACAUGUCAUUACUGAAGCCUUUUUUAAUUUUUUUUUCUUUCAAGUUUUUAAAUGUUUGGUAAUGUUAAGUUUCUUUGUGAUCAGGUAUUGCUGCAUAAAAAUAAUGAAAGGGAAAUAUUCAUUAGUAAUAAUAAUAAUAAUUAGUGCAAUCUUUUCUACCACAGGGUGUAAGGAAGUAUACGAUUCAACAGUUAAUACUAGAAGUUAAGUAAAGAUAUGUCGCAUUGUUAUUUGCAUUUGGGAGGCUUUUUUUUUUUUUUCUUUUUUUUUUUUUUUUUUUUUUUUUGUAAAGUGUUGGUCUUAAGUUAUGGUGUGGCCCAUGUGCAUUUGUUAGCAAUGCGUGGAAUGUGAUGUGUGUUGCCUAGCCUUCACAUGUGAGGUUACAGUAGUAAUAUUAUGUGAUUUUAUUUUAUGAAUUUUUUUAGAAAUGUGUGGCAGCAGUCAAACAAUGCUUCAAUGCAAUUUAUGGGAAUGCUAAGUCUUGACAGAUUAUGUUGUAUGGAUAACUCGUGUUUUCUGAAAAUAUUAUUGCUGGUCUUCUGAAGGGGAUUAACAUAGACAAAGAUUAUUUCAGUAAGUUGAUUGCACUUUAAGGAUUUGUUCAUGUUAAAAUAUCUUAUAUUUUGGAUUUAAAAUUUGCUUGAUUGGUUUGUGUGAUUGUGUGUGUGUUGCAAAUUAAUUGCCACAACAGGAAAAAAUAGGUAACAUAAACAACAGUUACUCAGCAUGCCUUAAGUGGCAUCAAGGUUAUCAAGCUGUAAUGAUGGUGGUGCUGUUACAGACAUUCUAGUGUGUGUGCUGUUCCAUAUCAGGUCCUUUUUCUGUUUGUUCUUUUCUUGCUGUAUAGUUGAUUUUGUUCCGUGUUAUGUUUAUUUAUUUUCUCUCAGGCAGGCAAUACAUCUUGCAAGUUGGCACUGCUAUGAAUGAUGUUUUCUUUUGUUGAACUAAUUGAGGAGUGGCAUUCUUCAAAAUUAUUUUCUAAAAGGCAAUUGUAAUUAUUUUAAAUUUUUUAUUUAAUUUUUUAAUUAUGGUAAAUCUAAGAUGUGCUCCAGGUAAAAAUGUUUUAAAUUACCACUGUACAUUUUGUAUAGUAAUAAUAUCCUAGGUAUUUUAUCAAUUUAAUGAGUGCAUACAUUCUAGCAUUGGAAUUAAUUCUUUUAUAUGACCUCUUUGAAAGCUCAGUACUUUUAUUAAAGCACAGUAAAUUUAUGUAUUUAGAUACAUGUCUGCAUUUCAACUUCUCUAUUGAGUUGCUUACUAGAACUUGAAGUUGGUCAUAUUUUGAACUCUAGCAGAAAGCAAUGCACCUGCAGUUUUUGUAGCCUGGACCAGUAGAUGCUUGGUUGUACAUGCAGUGCAUGUAACCUCUGUAGAUCAUAGUGUUUUUUCUACUUCGCUCAUACCGUAUUGGACAGUUUUUAUGUACAAUGCUGUUAAACAGAUUCUGCUGUAUUUUUCUUGAGAAACAAGUCAGUCCAAUUGGUAAUCCUCAGAAAAUUUUUAUGUACAAUAAAGGUCUUAUUUCCAGGUUCAUUUUAAUUUUUAACAUAAAUGUUUUUAUGUAUUUAGUCAUUUGAAUUGUAAAUGAACCUCAUUACAUGACCUUCAAAUUGAGGGUUACUUUUUUUUUUGUAUCUACCAUGUUUCUCAAAUAUUUGUACAGCUGUUGCCAAAAAAAAAAUUGGUAAAUUUGAUUAUGAGAAAUAUACUACCAAGUUCUAGGGUUCUACAUUUUCUCUUUUACCUAUCAGUUUGCAAAAUGUAUAUUUGUGAUUUUGUCUCUCAGAGAUCUGGAUUUGAGAUCACCGUAUCAUUCAAGGCUGCUUAUUGUGCAUGGUUCAUGAAUUGUGUACACUGUUUGGUACUUGUUAUUGUUCAAGAAGGUUAAUUAGAGUAUUAAGUUUAAAAAAUUAAAAAAAGAAACCUCGCAAGUAAGAGUUUUGGGGACUUUUUUAUUUUAGUUUCGCAGUUGUUUGAAACCCAACUAGUACAAAACAAAAAAGACACUCGUGUAGCAUUUUGGUGACAACACAGUUUUUAUUUUGGUCGCAAUAUAUUUUAUAAUUAUUUGUUGUUUUGCAUGUAAAAAGAACACAUCAGUGAUUUUUGAAUUAAAAUAAAUACAUUAGAAAUUUGGUAAAAAUUGUGUUUUUAUCCUUCCAUUAUCCUAAUUUCUAAGCAGAGUAAUUUAAUAGUAAUUUCCUUGGCUUGCAUAGUAAUCUUAACUGCUGAGGACACUAAAUAGGUGUUCAGGGAAAUCAAGUUGUCACCAUCGACUAGGCCUGUGUGAAUAUCAGUUUUUUAGUUCAUUGAAUAUGAAUAACAAAUUAUUUCCAAAUAUUAAUAUCAAAUUCAAUUAGAAUGAGAAUUGGAAUCCCUCUAAAAAUCUUUUUCACAACCUGUACAAAUACAUAGUUGUAUUUUAAAAGGGUAAUUAUUGGAUGUUGCAGCUUUUUAGCACUAAAAGAAACGAAAUCAAUAAAAAACAUAGUUUUCACACACUAAACACGUUCCUAAAUUUACUCCCAAGGUAUAGUUUCUCAAUUCCUACUAGUUUGUGAAAAAUAAUAGUUUAUAGCUUACAUUACUAUACCAGCAUUGCGGCUUUGGGGAACGAAAAGUAAAUAAAAACAGGAAAUAUGUUUUUCAAGUACUCGAGAUGUCCCUAAAUUUACUCUGAAAACAUGGUUUCUUAAUUCCUACUGGUUUGUGAAAAAUAACAGUUUAAACUUACAUUACAAUAUCUGUGUUUUCACACUGCUGCCGCCAAUCAUUGUGUACCUGCGAUCAUGUAUCGCUUUGUUUAGCACAGUGGUUCCCAACCUUUUUUUGAUCUGGGACCACUUUAAUUUCAUUAUUAUUAGCAGGGACCACAAGGUUAAAAAAAUAAUCUGUAUCAAUCUAAAAAAAACUUUAAGCCUAAACGUUCAAUGUUAAUUGAAACGUUUAACAUAAGCAAUCUAAAAUACCAAAAUAAACUUUAAUUAACAGUGUUAUGAUUGAAAACAUAUAUUUUUAGUACACAAUUCAGUUUGCAUCAAUGAGAUUUUUGAGCUUGCAUCUUCUGUACAAGAUCUUGAAUUCUUGGGGUAAUAUUUUUGCUCAAAGCUACACGCAUAUCAUCACUUACUUUCAGUCGAUUCCUGGAUUUGUUUUUAAUGAUCAGUAAUGAAGAAAAUCCUUGUUCGCAUACGUAAGUUGUUGAGAAAAGCAUAAGAUAGCGCAAAGCGAUUUCUCGAAUUUUAGUAUGUAUAUGAAAUUGCUUUCUUACUUUAAAGCAGGCCUGCCGUUUUCACGGAUUUUAUCCGUUUUCACGGAUAUUUGAAGCUUUAAACGGACUAACGGAUAAACGGCGACAUUCACGGAUAUUUACGACGCUUCGCCGAUAUUUUCAUAUUUGAAUUUCGUUCGUGUAAAUAUUUACAUUCAACUACCUAUUUUAAGUUGUCAAACCAUACAAGCAUCCAACAGUAAAGCAAACAUUCACAUUAGGUGUAGCGCCAUGGAACUUCAAAUCGUUUAACCACAAACCAAAAACAUAUACUCCCACAUAUCGUUUCAUGAAGUACAAUAUCUAUGGUUUCGGGGGAAAUGUUUUUUGUUUGUUGAGUUAAACGCUAAGAAGUGUCAUGGCGUCAGUAAACAUUAGUAUUUUUUGCCAUUACAAUGUUUUAGGUGCGGCAUUUGUUUACAAACGAUUUAAGUAGUUGUUUUGGUCUUAGCUGAUUGUGAUGGAGAAAAAGUGAAAGGCUUCGCCGGACAGGUCACUUUAUAAUGGGAGCAAGAAUUGAAAUGGUUUAGGCGUGGCAAAACGGAAUUUUCCGCCGUUUGUUCGACUUGCAACUCGGAACUGAACGUGACAAAGGGCGGCUUGAAGACGUACGUUCAUGCGAAAAACCAACGAGCUGCUGAUCAGAGUUAUUCUUUGACGAGUUUUGUAACCAAACCAAACAAAAUCAUUGAUGCGUAACUGUUAUGGGCGAACUUCGUUUGUGAAAACAAUUUAUCUGUGAAACUCAGUGAUAAUUUCACGAAACUUGUCCCGCAAAUGUUUCCAGAUAGUGAAAUCGCAAGAAACUUUCAUUGUUCUCGCAAUAAAACUAGCCAGAUAAUUAUUCAAUCUUUGGGUACAUCAGCUGCAGAUUAUGUUACCUAUGCAAUGAAAACAAUUUUUCACACUGAUGAUUGAUGAAUCAACUGACAGUCACUAGGCAGGUUGUAGUGUUAGGAAGGUUCUUUCUAUCUGAGAUUGUUGAAACUCAUCUGUACAAAGUAAUGGCUUUGAGUGGUGCUGCAACUGGAGAAAAUUUGCUGUGGAAAGGGUUUUCAGCAAUCUCAAGAUGGUUAAAACUGUUCACAGAUAAUAAAUGGAAUCACCAAUGUUAAAUGCGCUAUUGCAUUGCACAAUGAGAACAUCUGCAGGUCUGGCGUUCAAGUCCACUGACGAGAUGCGGAAAAGAGCACAGAACAUGAAAAAGUAGCUAGUUAAUGAUGUGAAAUACAUUUGUUUUUUUAACUUGUAAAUAACUGCAGUUGUAUGGAUGUAUUUAUAGUUUGUAAAUAAAAGGGUAAAUAUUUACAAUCGCGGUAGAUGCCAAAAAAAAUGCUAAAAAUCUGAAAAUACUUUUAUUCUGUGCCCUUUCACUUCCUCUUUUCAAAACAACCGGCGGAGGUAAGAAAUUCCAAAUACUUUAGGAGAUAUCGAAUUUUUUAAUUUCAUCAUAUGUAGAGUUGCGGUAGAUGCCAAAAAAAAUGCUAAAAAUCUGAAAAUACUUUGAUUCUGUGCUCUUUUACUUCCUCUUUUCAAAUCAACCGGCGGAGGUAAGAAAUUCCAAAUACUUUAGGAGAUAUCGAAUUUUUAAAUUUUCAUCACAAUACCUGUGAAUUCAGGCGGCCACCAUUGUUUCUUGUUUACGAGACGAGUAUGAUUUUUUUUUCCGCGACGUAGGUGAACGACUACAUUGUUGCUUGUUUAGGAGUAUCUAUUAAAAUCUGAAAAUACUUUUAUUAUAGUUAUGUUAUGUUAGGUUAGCUACAUUAAAACACUUUAAAACACUAUGGACGGUUAGUUAGGUUAGUAUAGCUACAUUAAAAUAAGCAGAUAAAUAUAAAUAUUAAUAAAUAAAACCGAGGUUGGCCGAAGGUAAAUGGUUCGGGUGUAAUCGGGAAUGGCAGAACUUUAUGUGCGUCUUGAUUUACCGUUCGUGAAUGCCUAAUUAAUUAAAAUGGUCGAUUAGGUCAGGUCAGUUACAUUAUUAAUACUUUCAAACUAAGCAGACAUUAAAAAUAAUAUAAAUUAAUUUUAAUGGUUGUUUAGUUUUAAAGUAUUUAUAAUGUAGCUGACCUAACAAACCGGGACAAAGGAUGAACGGUAGGAACUCACGUAAUUUUUUUACUUAUUACUUGCGCAACAAAUAAAACAUUAAAAUUUGAAACGUUAAAAACUCAGAUACGUUAGAGGCGGAUACAUUAGUAGAAAAUGAUGUAGUCGUUCUACCUACGUCGCGAAAAUAAAAAAUCAUAAACGUAAACAAGCAACAAUGGUCGGUUCAUCUACGCGGAAAAAAAUCAUACUCGUCUCGUAAACAAGAAACAAUGGUGGCCGCCUGAAUUCACAGGUAUUGUGAUGAAAAUCUAAAAAUUUGAUAUCUCCUAAAGUAUUUGGAAUUUCUUAUCUCCGCCGGAUUUAAUGUAAAGAGGAAGUGAAAGAGCAUAAAAUAAAAGUAAUUUCAGAUUUUUAGAAUUAUUUUUCGCAAAUACCGCUACUCUACAUGUUCAAAAUUUAAAAAUCUAUAUCUCCUAAAGUAUUUGGAAUUUCUUAUCUCCACCGGUUGAUUUGAAAAGAGGAAGUGAAAGAGCAUAGAAUAAAAGUAUUUUCGGAUUUUUAGCAUUUUUUUUGGCAUCUACCGCGAUUGUAAAUAUUUACCAGUUUUGUAAUGUAAGUGGCAAAUCUUAAACAUUUUUUACAUUCAUUUGAUUUUUUUUUUUAAUUUAUGUUUUGGAAUGCAAUGUAUAUUUAAAAUUACUGCGAAAAAUAAAUUAUGUCAAUUACGGCUAUAAAUUUUACAGGAUUUUUAAAUGUUAUAAAGAGGGUUUAGGAACCUAAUUUGGUGGCAGGCCUGGCAUUAAGUGUCACAGUAUGAAAUUAAUGGGAAAACAUGUUUUCCACUGCUUUGUAAACUUGCAAAGGCAAGCAAUACUUAGCCUUCCACACAGCAAUGCAGGGGUGGAAAGGAUAUUUAGUAAGCUCAACCUUAUCAAGACAGGGCACAGGUCAUAUCUUGAAUUGCCAAUGCUAAAUGCUUUGUUGUAUAUCUCUUCUAGGAAGAAUAUGGCAGAAUUCACGUACAUUAUGGUUGAGUAAUUUUCAUAAAAAUUGCAUAUUUUUUUUGUAUUUUUUAAUGUACAGGAUUUUACAGGAUAUUUUGUAUUGAAAACAAGGAUAUUACAGGAUAUUUCACAUUUCAAUCAAGGAUAUUGUUUUCAAAGUGGUGGCAGCCCUGCUUUAAAGUGUCCUUACAGUUCCUGUCAUUUUGUAAUUCAAUAAGUUAUUCUUGGAUUUCUUCUGCAACUUCUCUAGCGUUAGUGCC